AUGUCGGACUUUAUUUGGUACAUAACUAAGGCCCAAUUUCACAGGUUGGAAAAAGAACACGCUUUAUACAUAUCGUACAUCGCGCAUUGCAGUGUUGUACUUUUUGAAAAAGCAAAAACAGAAAGAUUGUUUUCAACGAAUGGCAAUUUCGCCUGCAAUUCAACCAUAAAUUCUCCAAGUUCUUCUUGUUCCGUUCUCGGACUCUGUUUCCACUUUCAGUUUUACAAAAAGGUUCCAACAGAAAAACUAAAACCCGAUUUUCUACUUCGAAUGGAGGGUGGGGGAUCCGUGACAUGCGGGUCGUGGAUCAAGCGACCCGAGAACGUGAACCUGGUGGUGGUGGGCAAGUCUAGGCGGCUUCAUUCCUCUCCAGCUUUGCUCGAAAUCUUUUCUUUUGACCCCAAAACGACCUCCAUGUCAACCGCUCCUUUGGUGACUUAUGUGUUUGAAGAAUAUGAAGGUGAUCCUUUGACUAUUACUGUGAACCCAAGUGGUGAUGAUUUCGUUUGCUCCACCACAAACAGCGGCUGCAAAUUCUUUGAGAUAAAUGGCCGUGAAACGAAUCUAAAGUUGUUGGCCAAAACAAUGCCUCCGCUUGAAGAUGUUGGUCCACAGAAAUGCCUUGCCUUUAGUGUUGAUGGAUCUAGGCUUGCCACUGGUGGAGUGGAUGGGCAUCUCAAAAUCUUGCAUUGGCCAAGUCUGCGUGUUAUUUUAGAUAAACCAAGAGCACACAAAUCGAUCUUGGAUAUGGAUUUUAGCUUAGACUCAGAGUAUUUAGUUUCAUCAUCUACUGAUGGUUCGGCUAGAAUAUGGAAGACAGAAGAUGGUGUACCAUGGACCUUUUUAACUCGUAACUCGGAUGAGAAGAUUGAAUUGUGUAGAUUCUCUAAGGAUGGGACAAAACCAUUUUUGUUUUGCACUGUUCAAACAGGUGAUAAACAUGUUGUUGCAGUUUAUGACAUAAGUACAUGGAAUAAAAUUGGGCAUAAGAGGCUGCUUAGGAAACCUGCAUCCAUAAUGUCCAUCAGCAGGGAUGGGAAGUAUCUUGCUUUGGCAAGCAAAGAUAGUGACAUUUGUGCUGUUAAUAUAAAGAAAAUGGAAAUCUGCCACUGGAGUAAGAGGCUACACCUGGGUACUCGAAUUACAUCGCUAGAGUUCUGUCCCAGUGAAAGGGUGGUUUUAACUACUUCGAAUGAAUGGGGGGCUUUGGUUACUAAGCUAAAUGUUCCAGCAGAUUGGAAAGAGUGGCAGAUUUACGUGCUGCUUCUAGGGCUCUUCCUGGCAUCAGCUGUUGCAUUUUACAUAUUCUUCCAGAAUUCUGAUUCAUUCUGGAAGUUCCCCCUCCCGUCAAGCCAACCUGGAAAACCAAAGAUCGGAGCCUUUUUGGGCGAUCCACAGUCCUCCGACGAUCAAAACAUGUGGAAUGAAUUUGGACCAUUGGAUAUGUGACCACUUGCUAGAUUCAAUCACCAGAACUCACAGUACAAAUGAACUUUUUGAGUCCUUUACAAGACAUUUUCGAUUUUAGUCAAUUAUAUAUUGCAAUAUAUUAGUAUAAUGUAACUUAACACAGGUAGUUUUUCAUUGUUGAUUUCAUCUUUUUCCUUUCUUUACUCAUUGAAAUAGAAUAAGUAGGUGAAUUUGGCAUCAAUAAAGAGCUUGGCUUGGUUUGGAUCUUGA